AUGACGGUGGCUAGCAUGGCCAAAACUCCUCCUCAGAGAUCUGGAAGUCUUUUGCGCACAGAGGUCCUCCCUGGGCCAGGCGAGUACCCAGGAAUGGGUCAGGUGCUGGAGCAGGAGGAACGCAAGACGUCCCUGGGGAGCCGGAGAGGAACGAUGGGUUUUUGCUGGAGCGGGGAGUGUGGUAACAGGCCUUGCUGGGCAGGCCAUUAUAUGCCCUGCCAUGCUGGUUGGGUGGGCCCCACUGUGCCGCUCUGCAUCUAUGGUUUCUGCUCCAUGAUGAGGCCUAUAGAACCCUAUAUGACAGAGUUUCUCACGGGAACUUACAAGAACCUCACCACUGAGCAGGUGACUAGACAGGUGUUUCCUGUGUGGACUUACUCCAGCCUGGUGCUCCUUAUCCCAGUCCUCCUGGUGACAGACUUCCUCAGGUACAAGCCUGUGAUCAUCCUCCAGGGGCUCAGCUAUGUCACAACGUUUCUGCUGGUAUUGGUUGGCUCGGGGGUCCAUUCUGCUCAGUUGGCCUUCUUCAGCUACAGCAUUGCGAUGGCAGCAGAUGUGGCCUAUUUCUCCUACAUUUACAGCAUGGUGCAGCCCAGCUACUAUCAGAGAGUGACCAGUUAUGUCAAAGGGGCAGUACUGCUGGGUUACUCUGUGGGCGCUCUACUGGGUCAACUGCUAUUGUCUUUUGCUGGUGUGUCCUUGUAUUGCUUAGCUGUGGUAACUCUCAUCUCUGUCUCCGUAGCACUGAUAACCUCCUUUUUCCUGCCAAUGCCUCGGACUAGUUUAUUUAUUAAGGGUAUAUAUUCUGCACAACAGGGAAGCUCAGGUGAAGACAAUUACGACUCCGAAAGCCAAGACGUGUGGGUGAGGAGCGUGACUGCUGCAAAGCAUGUUGGGAGGAUGUUCAAAAGGCUUGCAUUGGACUGUAGGAAAUGUUAUUCCUCUGUGGCUGUACUCUUCUUCUGCAUAUGGUCAGCUACAGGGAGAUGCGGCUUUUAUCAGGUUACAGGGUACGUGCAGAUCCUCUGGGUAUAUAUCCAACCCCACAACUUCACAACCUUCAAUGGAGGGGUGGACGGUAUCAGCACAUUGUCAGGAGCUGCUGCCACUGUUGCUGUGGGACACUUGUCUCUGGAGUGGUCUGUGUGGGGGGAACUGGUCCUGGGGGGUUCUACGUUCCUGAUCGCUGGGGCUAUAUUCCUAAUGGAUGUGACUGACAACAUCUGGAUCAGCUACACGUGCUUCUUCCUCUUCAAAACAAUUUACAUGCAGCUCUCCACCAUCUGCACUUUUCAGAUUGCCAAGACUCUGAAAAGAGAGCGCUAUGCGUUGGUAUUCGGCCUCAACAGUUUUAUGGGGACAGUCCUCCAGAGUGUCCUCACUGCCAUCGUCAUCAACACCAAGUCUCUGCAGCUCACCAUCACCACGCAGUUCCUUAUCUACGCCUCGUACUUUGCUGCCAUUUCCCUGCUGUUCACAGUCAGAGGUGUGUACACUGUGCUCCACAAGCAGCGUCCCGCUGGAGGCAACCAGGCAGAGAGAACCACCAACCUGCCAGAGGCCUCACGUCUGUGAA